AUGAAUUCAUGUGGUGCUGCACUUACAACAAUUAUACAGCAGUUCUUGUACCCCGUCACAGAUGCACCGAAGUACAAGAAGGGAUUCCCAGCAAGUCUUGGCUUCAUUGGUGGCAUGUGCAUUUGGGUAUUUGUGGUUCGAGGAUUCGAAUUGAGAGCUUUGAAGGAACCAGUGAUUGAUGCGGAGCAAGAAGGCGAUUCAGAGACUGCCGAGGAGGAGGUUGUUAAAGGAUCUGGUGUUGAUAUCAUGGUGGCGCCGAAGUUGUGA